UGUGGGAACUGCCAAUUAUCUCUAACGUACCUAUUCGCAAUGGACACUCAAUUGCCUGUGUCACCAAUAAAACGAGAAAAACUGAAGAAGCAGAGGCUUCUACUAUUAAAGCAAAGUAUGAGAUCGUCCCUACCGGUGCUAAGCAGAAGCGAAAUUAGGAGGUAUCGACUUCCGUACUACGAUUCUGUGCUUGCGGAUCUAAUGGAACGUGGUUUAACAAAUACGGAACAGUUUCUACGGCAAUUAGUGCAGUACCAAGAGGAACUGAGAAAGGAACAAGGCCCGGAUUCUAUUAUGAGCCGCAGACCUCGGCUGCGCGAAAGUCGAGACGAGCUGGAUUUGGUUUAUCGCGGGUUGGCAAACGCAGAGGUGGCCCACUUUAAAAAUAAUAUGUGUGAAGAAAUUGACGAGCUUCUUAAGUUGGGAAUUCAGUUUGGUUUAGGUGCUGAAGAUUGGUGGUGGCUUGGAGAGCAAAUUUUAAUACAGGCGAACAAUAGAAGUAAAGAGUUCAUGAGAGAUGGAGGGAAAAAGCAGGCACUUACAAAGUUUAUAUACGGAAAGUUUUUGUUCGAGAACAUGAAUGAUUAUGAAAAAGCAAAGCUGUUGCUUAUGGAAUCGAGGGCGCUUUCCAAUGGAAGCACGUGGUCAGCUAGACGCGAAUUGGGGCCGUACCAAGACUCUCUAUUUGUUGAGGCUUGCAUAUUACUGUACAGAAUUUUGCUAAUUGAAGCUAAGCAGACAAUGAAAUCUGAUCCCCUGAAAGCCGCCAGAAUCUGCAUUCUGGCUCAAAAACGAGCCCUGGAUGCUUGUGACCAUAUCGGAGAAGCAACCGCUUUAAUGCUACAAGGGAUAUGCGAAAUGGAAGCUGGAGAUGCUGAUUCAGCAACAAUAUCAUUUGAAAAAGUUUUAAUUCUCUACACGAGAGCUGGUCAAAGCGAAGGUGUUUGUGAGGGUCGAAUCCACGCUGCGUUAGCCUAUCUAAAGAUCGGAAAGUUUUCCAUGGCCCUUGCGCAUUUAGAAAAGCUACUAGCGUACGCACAAGAAAACUACUUCCCUUAUUACACGGCUCAGGCACAUAAAUGCUUAGGAGAGUUCCAUCUGAAUCAAGGAUCGCCGCAUUUAGCAACAUCCAUGCUAAUAAAAGCAAUACAAGAGUUUCACGACAUCGGGGAUAUUCUCAACAGGGAGCAAGUUAAAAAUUUAGCAGCGAUUUCGUCUGGCCAAGAACUUAUACCAAAAUAUGUGGAACUAAUUUUGAAGAGCGGACGAAAAGAGAUGAAAGGUUACGAAAGUCUGAUUAAGUUAGUUAAUUGGAAAGAUACUCGAGAAUUGUUUUGGACGGAGGAAUCUUCUUGCCUCGCAUUUAGUAGAUCUUCACUUCAUUUCUUUGAUCAUACAGUAAACGAUAACUUAAAUUGUACUUCCUCAGAAAAGCUUCUAGAGGUCAUUGAAAUGGACACCGAAGAAGAACAAAAUGAGUUUGUAGAAUUUCAAACGUUUAUUGAAUAA